GAGGAGGAGUGCAUGUCGGGGGCAGCUGUUCGUGGCUCCUGUGGGUGAUAACUGCCCUCUCCUGCCUGCUGCCCAUUCAUGCUCGGGCUGACCACCUGCAGCACCGUGUCCGCGCGCUUCAGGCUGUGUGUGUCUUCGCCAGAAAGCAAGAACUCCGCGUGCGUGCUGCGCGUGCGUAUGCGCCUCUGAAUGACGGGCGGACGGUUUGAUUUUGACGAUGGAGGCACGUACUGUGGAGGCUGGGAGGACGGCAAAGCCCACGGUCACGGCAUCUGCACCGGGCCGCAGGGUCAGGGCGAGUACGCCGGAGCCUGGAGCCACGGCUUUGAGAUAGUCGGGGUUUACACCUGGCCCAGCGGGAACACCUACCAGGGCUACUGGUCACAGGGGAAGCGCCAUGGGCUCGGAGUGGAGACCAAAGGCAAGUGGAUUUACCGGGGAGAGUGGAGCCACGGCUUUAAGGGCAGGUAUGGAGUCCGGCAGGGCAACAACACACCGGCCAGGUACGACGGCACGUGGAGCAAUGGACUUCAGGAUGGGUACGGAGUGGAGACUUACGCAGAUGGGGGCACAUACCAGGGACAGUGGAUGGGUGGGAUGCGGCAUGGUUAUGGAGUCAGGCAGAGCGUUCCAUACGGAAUGGCUACAGUGAUCCGCUCUCCUCUCCGGACCUCACUGGCGUCCCUGCGGAGCGUCCAGAGUAACGGUGCGGUGGUGCCGGACACAGCAGCUGAGCAGCCGGUCAGCACCCGUGGCGGCUUUGUGCUCAACUUCCACAGUGACAGCGAGGUGCUAGCAGGCAGGAAGAAGAAGCCAGGCCUUUUCCGACGAGGUUCACUGUUUGGAAGUCUGCGGCAACUCCGUAAGUCCGAAUCCAAAAGCUCAAUCUCCAGCAAAAGGAGCUCAGCCAUGAGCCGCAUCAGCUCCAGUGAUGGGAACUCCACUAUCAGCUAUGGUGAUGGAGAGGCAACUGAAGAAUUCCCACCAAUGGAGGACAACGUAGACGCCACCACCACUGAGUCAUACAUGGGCGAGUGGAAGAAUGACAAGCGCAACGGAUUUGGCAUCAGCGAGCGAUCCAACGGCAUGAAGUACGAAGGGGAGUGGCUAAACAACAAGCGGAAUGGAUACGGAUGCACCGUUUUUCCAGAUGGAACCAGGGAAGAAGGGAAGUACAAAAACAACGUUCUGGUGCGCGGGAUACGGAAGCAGAUAAUUCCACUCAAAAAUCCCAAGACCAAAGAGAAAGUAGAGCGGGCUGUGGAGGGAGCCAGGAGGGCCGCCGCCAUCGCCAGGACAAAAGUGGAAAUAGCAACUUCAAGGACAGCCCAUGCCAGAGUGAAGAGUGAAGCAGCAGAUCAGGCUGCAGUCGCUGCAUGUCAAGAAUCAGAUCUGGCCAGAACUGUAGCAAGAGAACUGUCCCCCAGCUUCCAUCAACCAGGCCCAGAUUACAUCAAGCAAAAACUCAGCGAGCAUGUGGAGGAGAUUAAAGAGGCCCCACCACAGGAAGAAAAGAAAAAAGAGAAAUCCUCAACCGGAAGCCCCUUUUAUCGACGUGGCACAACUCCCUCCCACACACCCGCCCAAAGCCCCACCCCAUCUCCACCGACCUCACCAAAAAAGAAGAGUCAGCAGGUCAAUAGCAGUGUCACCCGCAAGAUAAGCAAAGACAACACCGCCAUAGGUCGUAAAAUAAGCAAAGAAGAAAGGGCCUUCAUUGUGGCAGAGAUGGCCAAAGUACCUGUUCUACCUGCACUACCAGCACCAGCACCAAUCAAAUUGCAAGAAGUUCCCCCACCAAAGCCCCCCAAAGUUAAUGAACCAGCACCUAAUCCCGUUAGCACAGGCAAUGGGCAGCUGCACAGUGCUUACCACAGCUACUUGGUGAAGGCAACUGUAAAGGUUCCUCCACCAGAAGAACCAGAGGAUGACGAGCUAGAGAUGACCCAGUCCAGUCUGGCCAGGAUGCCACCAUCCCCACCUAAACUGUUCAGGACACCAAGCCCCAAACCAGAGCCCAAGCUCAGGAAAAUGGAAUCUAUAAAGCCAAAGAGCCUUGCAGAAACCAAGAAAGCUAGCAUGGAACUCAACAAUGAGGUAUUAGAAGAAGAGAAGGGUCCUAAUUCAGUUUUAGUUGCCAUGGUAAUGCUUUUGAAUAUUGGAUUGGCAAUCAUUUUUGUUCACUUCUUGACAUGAUGGAGUGGCAUCUCAGUAGCGCAGUGUCAAUGGCCUUGAAGAAAUCAAGAAGAGUCUUGGCAGUGGCAACAAUAAGAUAAAUGUAUGGAAGAAGUUUGAGAUACACAGCACGUUUUUGGAGGAAGACCAGCCCUCAGUAAAGAUGUGGCUCUUUGAGUCAUGUGAAGGACUAAGAAGAAGCCAUGGGUGAAUAAAAAACCAGAAGAUUUGUAAGAGAAAGUAAAGUGAAGUAUGCUUAUCUAAGUCAUCGGCUGUGAAGAGUGCAGCCUCUCUGUGCAGAGACUUUACUGGAAAUGUUGGGAGAUGCUCUUUAAACGUGACGGGCACAAACAGCUGCCUAGCUCUUUUGCCGUGUGACGUGUAAGUGGGGAGAUGUGCGCUCAGUGCCAGAGGAAUUUGUUCAGGGAACUUUGUUGCGUUCCAGCAAUCAUGCCACACUGGCCAGAGGAAACCAAACACACACAACAGCGUCACUCUUCGCUCUUAUAGCGUUACCAAGCCUCUGCUGCUUCUUCCAUCCUCUCCUGCGUUCUUUUAUCGAGACUUGAUUUGACACGCCCUGUGCAUGGUACCAUUUAUUACUGAUGUUUUUGUUUUGUUUUGUUUUCUUUUGUGUGUUGUUUCUCUUUAUGUUAGCUUUUAUCCUCCAACGUUCAGUCAUAGAGGGUUAUUUGAAUUAAAACAUAUGCUGAAAAAAGCACACUACUGUUCAAAAGUUUGGAAUCAAAACUAUUUUCCUGAUUUUAAAUACAAACAUACACUGUUAACAAUGAAUGAUCAGCACUGCUUAAAAUGAUAAGGUUACUGAUUACACUGCUUUUCUUGAGGACACUACUUGAGUUCAACCAACUCAAAUUCUGAGUCAAAAGUUCUCCUAACUCCUUAUUUUUUUGAUUAUCCAUCUCUGGAUAAACAAUAUUAAAUGCAUGUUUUUUACUAAUUUUCCCCAGCAGCUGUCUUUAUAUCAGACAAUUCCCAUUUUCUCCUCUGGGGCUCCCACUUAUGGAGGGAAUGGCACUGAGGUUCAAAUUCACUGCAUUUGAUUUCUGUGUUGAAUGCAUUGUAAAAGUUAUUUGUGUACAUAUAUAAAGUGCAUUUUAAAAGAAUAAAAGUAUAUAUCUGGAAGCUCAAGAGAGGAGGAUGCCUCAUGGAAUUGUGUAAUGAUAAGAGUAGCAGCCUGUAAGGAGUAAAAACUAAUUCUGCAUCGUUUGCUUAACUGAGAAACUAGAAAUGAGAGUUUUGACUAAACUAAAGGUUUGAGCUGGGUGAACUCUGGUGUCCUCAAGUUGAGUUAACUGAAGAAAAGCAGUGUAAUCAGUUACCUUAUCAUUUUAAAUUGAGCUUCUCAUUUCUUACAGUGUAUCAGUAACUCUUUACUGUUGGGCAGUGUUCAUAAGGCAACACAGCACCUACAUAAACCUACAUAAACAUAUAUACAGGCUUAUUCCAGGAAUCCUGAGUAGGAAUCAUGUAGCCUAAUAUAUGCUGCCCUUCAGUAAAGUGUUAAGGUAAUUACUUAAAAAGUGUAGAUUUAAAUAUUACACUGUUCACUGAAAGGUAUUUUCAGAUGAUUUAUGCAUUAUUUCAAGAUCUCUAUGAAGUAAAUUAUAACUAAUAUACUGUAAAUGAUCUAUAAUAUAAGUACAUUAUAUUGUGUUGUUAUCUGUCUUGAGAUUUGAUCCUCACUUUUGAAAUAUGAUGCAUUCUGGAUAUUAAUUUUAUUAUGAUGUAAUGCCUAAUGUUAUUCAACUUAGCCAUUUUAGAACCUUCUACAGCAUUUAGCUGCAACAAAAUGGGUUUAUAUUAUUGACAAUAGCAUUGUUUCCAAGCUUUUGAACUGUGCCGCAUCUGAUGUAAAUGUGUUCAUCAUUUCCACAUGAAUAAAAUCUGUUAUAUCCACAUAGCUACUGUCUUCCUUUUGGCAGUAUUUGUGCUGAUAUAAUAGAUUUUAUUGAUGAAGAACUUAUAUAUUCUGCACCACUUUUUCAGCGAAUUACUGUCAGUAGUCUGUUUUACAAUCAUUUUCAAAGAAAACCUUUUUUGAGAUGUGCAAUAAGCUUUAUUUAAAACAAAAAAGGAUUAUAUAUCGAAAUACUAAGAAGCUCUUUAGCCCCCAAAAAAUCAUGUUUUGUAUUCAAUUAGAAAUGAAAGCAGAAUAUGACUGAAAGAGAUGAUGCCUGCGGCGAUUAAGAUAUGCGAUUGCCUACUGAAGGGAGAGCGGAGCACAAAAUGAAACAUUUUGUUUCUUGCUAAAUCAUUUUAAAAGUAUUUGACUAAGAUGAAUAAUAGCACUAAACAAGCAACCUCUGCUACAUGUGACAUCUUCAUGCUUGUAGGUGGGGCGAGCUGUAACAGUCGCUGAGUCUGAUGAGCAAUUCAUUCAGAAUUUGAUUUGUUUGAACCAGUUUUCCAACUUAAAUAAAUAAAGUUGUUUCCAUUAAUAUAAAUAUGAUUACUGAAAAGAGGCUGUGCUCAAUGUGGCAAAUACAUUUUUGACAGUGUAGUAGAACAGCAAAAUAUCAGCAUGAUAAAAUUUCAAUAGAUUUAUUUACAUGAUAUCUAUAGCACAUUUUCGUAAUAACUUCAAAAAAUGAACUAUUCUGAAUGUGUAAAACGGGACAUUGGUUUUUCUGACUGUUCACCUUGGGGUCAAAUAAUGCUUCUGCAUACCAGAUAGCAGCGUACCCUACACCAUAGCCUGAUGCGUACCUCCCCACAAAUGUACUUACAUGCCACUGUGACACAUACCGCAACAAGCAUGACUGAUCCACAUGGUAGCAACGCAUUUCCUCCUACACAUUUGUCUACGCACUACGCUCCUGUUUUCACCUACAUUUUUAAAUUCAGUUGAGAGUUGGAUGAACAUGGCUCAAGUUGAGCGAUAUCACAAGUAUAGAAGAUACAAACUUAUAACUGUUAAGUCGACUGAUUAAUGUGGGAGUGACAGGAAUUGUCUGAAUGACUGAAAUGUCUGCUGAUGAAGUGACCGAAAGAUGAAAAAUCGUGCAAUUGCAGAGCAACACUGACACACUAAUCCACAAAUAUAAAUGCUCACGACAGCGUAGGCCAUGGCUAUGGUGUAGACUUUGCUUUGAUUCAACGUUAAUCAGCUUUUAGUUGUAGCAGUAUGUUAAACUAACCCCACCGCGUGGAGGCUGUAUUUUAGCCUGUUUAGCUCUCACUGUAAGCUAUUUAUUUGCCUCUAAAUGGUGCUGUAUUACAGUCACCAAGAUGGAGAUUAAAAUAAUAUAGGAGUAAAUACUUUGAACUCAGUAAUCAGAAGCUCUCAUGAUGAAAAAUGUUACUUUUGUGGUAUAUAAACAGUUUUCAGGGUGAAUCUGGAGAAAUAUCUGUCUGCUGUCAUAAUUUACUGAUGACGUUGCUAUGGGAACAGGAGAAGCACGUUCUGCUGGAACAACAAAAUAUUUGUGCUACAUUUUACCCCACAUUAGUUUGUGUCCCGCUCUCCCCAGUAAUAUUUAGUAUUAAUGAUUGCCUACCCACAAUGGAACUUAACCUGACACCUAUUUACUUAAUUCUACGAGAAGACAUUGUCUAUAUGAAUCGUUAUGAGUAGGCAGCGUAUAGACCAUUGUGCAUGCGAGUUUAUUGAUAUUGUGUGCAUUGAAAGCAUUAGUAAUUGAGUAGUCAUUUCUAAAAGGGGGCUGGACAGAAAACUGCACCAUGAGGGCCUGAGCUUGCUUGCAUGUUGGAGAAACUGGAUAUCCAAAGCUGUGGAUGUUUUUGUAUUGAAUUAAUUCAGGUAGUGCCACGAGGAAAGAAAGAUGUGGUACCUUGGACGAGGGAUGUGUUGCCUUUAAAGAGUCUUUAACUACUGUUUACCUCAGAAGAACAUGAAAAAAGUAAAAAAAAAAAAAAAAAAAAGCAAAAAAAGAAAGAAUUCUUGUCUUAAUCCCCUACUAUGGGAACUCUGACUGUUGAAAUAUUUUGGAAAUUUAAUUUUUAAUGUGCCGCUACAUUGCUUCAUUGUUUUAUUUCGUUGUUUGCUGGUACAGAGUGGCGACUUUACUGUUAUUUUAUGUAUUAUAAUAUUUACAUUUUAUCACUUCAAAAAAGACUUAUUUAUUUUACAAUAAGUAGUCGUUUAUAUUGUUUUAAGCAUUUGCUCAAAGAAAAAGGGCUUUGAAGAAGUAAGAUUUUCAUACAUAGGCUAUCACAUAUAUCACAUUUAUAUUUCAUUACUAAUUAGCACAGCUUUUUGAAAAUCUGCUAUGUAACCAUUUAAAUAUUAAUUAAAUAUUAAGUACAAUAAUUCAUGCCAAAAGAUUCUCUUUUAAAUUAGCCUCCACCUUUGAAAAAAUAUGGAAAUUUAGGCAAGGUAAACAAAUGUCAGAAACUGUAUGAAAAUGUUGCUAGUCUGAUUUGGCAGGCAUUGCUAGACCUUAAUGUACAAGAAAAGUGCAAAAAAAGUUGCAGUAAAAGUUGCACAAACUGACUAGAAAUUACAAAAAAAAUAGAACUCCAAAUGAUGCAAAGUGUGCAAAGAUGUGUGUCUAGUCAAGUAGAAAUUACA